AUGGACAUUGUCAGGCUUGCCAGUUGCAUCGUAGGUUCAGGAUGUGGUGGUGGCAGCUUCUCAGUUCAUGAUCUUAGAUCAAUUCAGUCAGUCAAGCAAAUCAGUCUAUUUAAUUCUGAAUUUUCUCGAAACACUGAUGCAGGUUUUGUGAUGGGCACUGGAAAGACUCUUCUCAACGCUGCAAGGAUGGCUGGUUGGCUCCCAGAUCCAAGUGAAAAGAGGUUUCCAAAAACAAGACAGGUUGGAUUUGAUCUUGUUCUUGGUUCAGAUGUUAAGCGGUUCCGAACCCGCAGUAUUGAGGUUGUUCUAUUUGUAGAGCUACUUGAUGAGGCUAAAUCUCGGAGCACAUCAAAACUACUACAAUGGCUCACUGAAAAUGAUAAAUUGGACUAUUUUGGAACCUUAUCUUUAUCCUUCAGUGUAGACUUCGACUAUUCAUGCUCUGAUGGAAUCGAAGAGGGUGAUGACAGCAUUUGGAGCAUCGUUGGUGGGAAGAAUUGCAAAGCUGUACAUUCGACUUGCUGUUAUGCUAAUCUGAGCCAGUUCAACUUGCUGUUUGGUAAUUAUGGCAAAAAUAUUAGAAUUUUGACUCUCAUGAUAGGAAAUGGGAAUUUUGACUCUCAUGAUAGGUUAGUAGAGAGGAAGCACGCUUCGGACUUGCCAACUAGUCAUGAUGACUACAAAAUUUUUACCAUCAUUAUGACACAUCAAGCCUUCGGUGAGGAUGAUUGUUACCAUGAGAAAGAUAAGGUUAAGCACGAUUGCAUAAAAACCCUAGAUAUAAAUAAAGAUUGGGAGGAGCCAAGCCACAAAUGUCGUGAAACUGUGCAGAAAUCUGACAUGGCCUGCAUUUGUCGUAUCAUUAGCAUCGAUGAACAGAUUAAAAUAAGUAUGGGUAAACUGGUUCGGCUUGCACGCGAACGUGGCAAGACAAUUCAAGGUGGAAGCAAAUGCGGACGGUUUUGCAGGUUGGACGGUUCCGCCGGCACUACCCCCACAAUCACAAAGGGCACAUCCAUGAGUGUUUGUCAGGGCGAGCAUCAUGCAAGGAAGAUCAUGAAAGGAAACAAUAACUAUGUGCUUAGCACGCUUUUCUAUGUCUUGUAUUCAGUCAUGCAAGUUCGAUGA